AUGUCGACGUUGAUUGUAGAUUUCUCUCGUUCAAUGUCCUCUUUCUGGCGCGUACUUUUCGUUGCUGCUCUUCUGCUUUGUUUGGCCAGGAGUGGCUUUACAUGCCCAGAAAAUUGUCUAUGUUACCGGACGCAUGCCGGACCAACUGUGCGCUGCAACCACCAUUCUUUGUCAAGAAUACCAAAUGUUCCAGCUUCGACUGUUGUGUUGUAAGUAGCGCUGUAAUUGUCUUUACAAACGCGUGCGAGCUGUUCGCAUACACAAUGAACUCACUGUUCGACUCGGUGUCAUAUUGGAUAUUUGUUUAGAAGGCUUUGGGAGGAUUUAAGUACAACAUGAAUCUCUUGUAUCGUGAGUGAGUUAAAAUACCGACUAAACUUGGGUUCUUUCCAAAUGCGAUAGAUGAUCAACCAUGCUUUACAUUUGUUCCUUAAAACUCCAAAUUAUUGCCGAAUUGUGGGCUUGCGAUCGUAUAAUCCCGUUAAAAUUUGCGGUCGCUAUGAUGACGGCGAUUCAAAGAGGAAACAAUCCAUCGGUGUGCCAUAUCCCAUUGUUUGAGUGAAAUUGCGCCCGAACGGCGCCGGGAUAUGUAUCGCAAUAAGGUACACGAGAAAAGUUUGUUUUACAGAUUUUUGAUAACAUAACGGCUUAGCAUGAACACAAACAUCUGCCCGCCAUGGUCAAUUCACUCUAGACAACCUUCUGACAUUUGAGAGUGGCAUCUCAAAUAAUUUUGACGCCAUUAGAGACAUUUUGGUUUGAUCAAAUCUUUCUAAAUUGAAAUGUUGACGAUUUUAUUACAUGGCCACUUAGGCUUGACUUCAAACUAAUUAAUCCACACUUUUAACCAUUAGAUUUUUUCACGAGAUUAAAAUUAGUUUUUUCAUCGAAAGAUCUACUACUGUUAUCGCAAGGAUUUCGUGACAGUUCUCUUACGUCCCACGUCGAAUAAUGCUGGAGAUUUUGAGUCAUUUCCGCAAAAAACGCAUUUUUGGACCCAUCAGUUCACAAAAUAUGCGAGUUAUAAAACGUUUUGUGAAAACUUGUUUGUUCCAUCUUGAAAUGAAAGAAAACAACACUUCCCAUUUCGUGACAUGUCACCCAUUGAGUUCAUUGCAAAGUAUUUCAAUGGCGUAUGGUCAGACAGCCACUUUUCUAUUUUCUCAUUACGAGUUUUCGAAGACCUUAGAAACGAGUAUUUUAUGUUACAAAUUGAUAUUUUAAGUCAAGAGCUCCGAUUACAGGCCCUUCAAAAAUGAAAAAGCGAUUUUUAGCAUUCAACGCCCCAAUUUCUCAUACCAGAACAAUUUGUCACUACAGUGCUGCGACAAUUUGCUCUUUUUGAAACGCAUUUCUGUGGUGUGCUGUGUUGGAUGUGAGACUUGAGAAGUUCAGAAGUUUUAUCAAGCUGAUGUUCAGAUCGAAAGUUAUUCAGUGUCACUACUGUAAAAGAUGCUACCAGUUAGAUUGCUGUUUUCAGCUGGGUGUACAAAUUAUGAGGAAUUUUCACCGGAAAAGAAGAUAAUUGAUUUUGUUUUAGUUCUCUCUAUGCUUUAACUAAAAGACGCUGCUACUUGCUCUACUUAAUUCGCUUGUUUUGCCACUGAAAGUAAAGUUCCAAAUAAAUUACUAAAUCUGCUUCGAUUUCCUCUCUUCUAUGAACAAAAUUGUGUCAGAAGGUACAGGCGGAAAACACUUACAGGACUUAGUCAACAAAUGAAAAAUCAUGAACUUAAAAGAACUUUUGAUCGCGUCAAAGAACAUUUCUCGUCAUCAAUACAAGCAACUGGCUUUAGGUUUUAUUUUCACAACUACUUAAGUAGUGUUCAUGAUUACUGCGAAGAUAACUCACGUAUUCAUCAAUUAAUCCGCAGUUCACAUAGAUGAUUUUCAUAUAUUCUCAGCCGGUCAUUUAGAAGUAAUUACAAUGUUUAGUUCAACAUUCAUCAGUCGUUGGCAACACGCGCUUUAGUAAACGUUCCGACCAUGUUUGACGUUUGUUGAAUUUGAAUCUUUUCCCGUUUUCUUAUCAACUUCCUGCGAUCGACAAAACUAUGUUUUUAAUUAGUCACUUCUCUUUUUCUAAACAUCAAUUAGGAUGGGCUGGUCAAUUCCCGCCUUGAACCACAAAAAUGUAAGGGAUUUCGUGGCUUGUGAUUGAAUCCUAUCAUCAUAGUUGAAGAUAGGCUAAGAUAUAUUGAAUGUGACUCGGUUGGAAUGGUCAAAGUGCUGUAAAAAAAAAACCGCACGCACACACGUAUAUUCUUAAUGCGGUUUAAGGGAUCAAUGUCGAGAUUGGUAUACAACAGGAAAAAUAAUCUUGAAACCAUCUUGCAAUUUGGCCUCACUCCUUACCUACGUAAUGGGCUAUACUUUCCUGAAUUAUUUCUAAACUUGGCUUUUUUCUAAAGCCUUGAGCUGGACAUUCGAAAAUUAAAAUAACAAGUUUGGUCCUCUGUGUUUUGAUUUCACCUACAUGCCAGUGAUUCUGUGAGUUUUUUUCUGGGCGAGUGUGAUUCAACUUAAACAACCGGAAAAGUUAUCACUAUAAUACAAAAACUAGAUUAUCAUCGGGACCCACAACUUUCAAAUUACGUGGUUUUCAAUUGCUUGAUCUUGUAAACAAUCAGAAGUGCUCGACGCAGCCGAUCCUCAAAAUAGCCGCUUCCCAGCCUUUGUUGAGCUGGCUGGCAACUUUUUUUGAGGUAGUGGAUCAUUAACUUUUUCUUCCAUAUGUCAUCUUCCUCACCUAUUUUCUGAUGGUAAAUAACACUUAUUAUUUUAGUAAAGAAGAUCACCAUGCUCUUUUAAGAGAAGAUGUUGUGAAACACGCUUACUCGCGGGCUUCAGCCACGAUGAAGGCCGGCAUCUUGUUACAGUGCGUGCGUUACGCACUGGUGUAAAUUAUGCGUAGAAAGGAUGUGUAUUGAAAAUAAAAUAGUUACCAUAAUGAUUCGAUUUAGCGCCCUCGUUCCAAUAAGCGCCCCCUCUCCGGUAAGUGCCCACCUCGAUUCUGUUUUUUGUUAAUAAGUACCCCUAUUCUGAUAAGCGCCCUUACUGAGUAAGCACCUAAAUUCCAACAAGCACCCCUAUACCGAAAAACGGGUUGUUAGAGUGUUUAGACAUUGAGAUAAACUGUGGCCUCAUUACAAAAACAGUGGUCUUCGUCAUAGUCUCUGGAUUAGUAUCUUUUAUGUUCAUGUGAGAGCACAGUUCCUUCAAACGAAUGACCUCAUCUAAAUAUUUUGAAAUUUUGCGAUGAUUGCUUGAUCGUCCUAGUCAGGAAGGAUCCAAGGACAACAAUCCACUUUCCAGUCUCCUUGUUCCUUUACAAAUAAACAUCAAAUACUUAUUCAUUACUUUUUGCUGUGUUUCAAAAAAAGGGAAUAAGCGCCCUGUCCCUAAUAAGCGCCCUGUUUCGAAUAACCAUCCUCCCUUGAGGUACCAAAUGUGAAUAAGCGCUAAAUCGAAUCAUUACAGUAAUUUAAAAUCUUUUGAACGUCCUGCUAACCCUUUCAUUAGGUGACCAUCCAAUCGCUCGUAAAGGAGCACCAAGUUGUUAUUAUUAUUAUUAUUAUUAUUAUUAUUAUUAUUAUUUCUCUCCAUCCAUAUUAUAACAAGUUUGUAGGAACUCUUUCAGGUUCUAGGGAUCUCGGCGGUUUUAGUAUCACGGUAUGCGUGAAUGAACAUCUAACAGUUUUCAGUUUUAUAAGAAUUUGCGGUCAUUGUGGCAACCGUAACAGUAUCAAAUGCAGACAGUUGAAGUGAGCAACCCGUGGUGGCCAUUGUUUUUUAAAAUACCCCAAGUUGGUUGAGAAAACGUUAUUUUUCCUCUUGGUGUGAAACUUAAGUGCGACCAAUUCUUAAGUAUACUUUGACCCUUUACUCACUUAAAAUCAGCAUACAUAUCCCCUAUACUGUUCUCCAACCAUUUCCUAAUGUGUUGACAUAGAGAAUUUGUUUAACAAUCAAGAUCUUUUUUAGUUGGUGAUCAUUUGCUUUACAAUUCUCGUGAACUUCAUGUGUGAUUCAGCGGUGAUAUUGUAAGACAUUGGAUACCAGUCACUCUUAGGUGUCAAAAGGUUAAUUACACUCAACCUAGUUAUUACACGAAGAGAAUGCCCGCAUUGGAGUAGCUGAAUGAUAUAACCUCGCUGCUUUAUUUCAUGCUCAGUUCAUCUUGAUUGUUGUCCAAACAUGUCUUGGAAUCUGAAUUUUUAAAUAGCUGUCGAUGUUGUUUCGCUAAACAGCUUCCACGCUAGUUAGUAUCUUUUACUGCUUAUGACACUGUAACUUCCUUGCAAUUUAAGAUGGAUGGUGAAUAAAGAUUGUUUAGUAGCAGUAGUAAUCUUUAAUGAGGAUGCCAAAGAUUACUACUACUACUAAACAGCCUUUAUUCACCAGCCAUCUUAAAUUGCAAGGAAAUUACAGUGUCAUAAGCAGUAAAAGGUUCUAACUAGCGUGGAAGCUAAAAACCAGUGAAAACUGACUCAGAAUAAAACCAAAAACAAAAGAAGUAUUUUAGGAGAUUAAAAAAAUCCCUCAAAAUCUCUUUAUGGUUACUCAUGGGCGGUUUUUCGAUGCGAUAAUAUGAAUUCAAUGUUCUUCCGUGCAAGCCUGUGGUUUAACCUUUUAAGCUGUGAGGUCAACUCAACAAUUUCUCUAAGGGCAUGUCGCACAUUUCUCACGCCUGUUGUAGAGUGAUUUAGUCAAAUUUAUUUUUAAAAAUCCAAAUUUCCAGACUUACGUACCCACGCAAAUUUACUGCAGGAAAGGUCAACCAAAACGAGUAGUUGGUGAACUCACCACCCAUGCAAAUAAUCGCUUAGGCUUCAGAUUAAGAGAAAGAGGAUUAUACCACUUCAAAGACAUUUCACUAAGCUAUGGAAUUAAGAAGAUUAACAAUGACUGUCUCAAUACAACUCUUAUCUCUUAAAGCUCGAAGAUUUAUUUUAAAAAAUGGGGUUUAUGUAACAUGUAGAUAACUUUUUGGCUUAGGGUGGUUUGGACGAAUUUGGCGACGUCAGAGUGAAAAAAUGAGUCCUAAUUUUACCUAAAUUUUCUCUUAUACUUAAAUAUACUCGGAAAAAGUGGAAUAUUUUUUUCUCUUCACAGUGGCCCCAGUUAUCUUUACUUAAGUAUGCGUCAGCCGAAGCAGGCGGUAAGCGGUUCAAAUUUUUGCCUUCUGCCUUGUUGCAUAAGCUCUUUAUUGUGUAAUUAAAACAUCCACAAUAUUCAGUGAGAAAAAUUUUCCUCUCAAGCUUUAACUUUAAUUUAUUUUACACAUCGUUUUAAUCUUAAACAGGAAAAGUCUGUUGUUUUCUGCCAUAAAUGAAAGCUUUAGACAUUCUACAUCCAAACUGAAACAAAAUACACUGUAUCUAACAGAGCGUGUUAUUUGGAAGAUUUCAUUAUCGAUCGAUCGAUCAUGCUAGGUUCUAAUAUUAACCAACGAGAACAUUAUUAGCUCAUACAGAUUUAAACGCUGAUAAACUAAAUAAGAGCAUUAAAAAGCUAAUCUUUCGGAUUACUUCCAUUGAUGUCUUAUUUGGGCAAGGCGGACGAAUUUAGCUUUGUGAUACUUAGUGCUGUUUGUCAUCAACUGUGUAAAUGAGUUGCACCUUUAAAUUAUUCUGUCUAAGCUCUUCUUCUUUCUAAAAAUUUUUAACCCUGUAACUCCAAAGUUCAAAUGGAUAAUUAUCCAUACUUACUACUUUACCUUUCCUUGUAAGUUAGACAGGAGAAUCUGGUCUUAUUCCAAAAUAACACCCUCUGGAUGAUAACCUUCCCUGUUUUCGUAACCUAUUUACAAGAUAAGUUAUUGGAAUUGCAUGGAGAAGUUGCUUGCUAAUCACUCUUGGAAGUUGAAGGGUUGAGCAGAAAUUUAGCUGAACUGAAGUUUUUUUUUAGUGUUGAGACAUUUCACAGGUUGGAGAAAAAAUUGGAGACUGAAAACAACCAAACUCGCUUUUCACUUCAGGUACCUGUUUAGAAACACUCCUUUCUAGUUGCCAUACAAUUUCUCAGAAAUUGCAUGAGAGAAUUGGGUGUUUGAUCAGAUCAAGAGAACAUCUCCAAGCUCAUAAACUUGUCUAUUUACAUUACCUGUUUCCCUCAAGAUAUUGCAAAAACUUUUAGAGAAGUCACUUGUUAAUCUUUUCUUAAAGACAAAGCAUGCUUAGGGCAUCAAGCACGCAAGACUUGCCCAAGAAGACAAAAUUUCAAAUGGAUCUGGCAGAAUUUCAAGCUUCCGUUCGCUUAACUUAAUCUCAUUGCUGUUGUAUUUCUUUCAAGCGGUACGUUUGAUAUGUGCAGGUUAAGGUAACAGAAAUCAAAGUUCAUAUCAUUUUUUUUUUUGUAACGAAUUAAAAUCACAGGCACGUGUCUAUUUAUGAUAUGUAGGCGGCACGCUUAUAAAGUCCAAAAAGGUAUUAUUUUGCGUGGCUACCACUUGAAACUCUACUUGUCGCCUGUGUCUCAUUUAUUUUUCGAAAGGAGGAAAAACGAGUCUUCAAGUUCUUUUUCCAGUGGCUUUUCUUAACCUUGUGUAUCAGUUGUUUUUGAUAGACAUCCACGAUUGUUUCUUAAACCCUCUCGAAUCACGUAGACCAAAACACGUUUUUUUAAAUUUUUUUAGUUGUGUGUAGGAUUUUAGAUUAUAUCUUCAAAUCACUUCUGCCAGUUAUCUGGUUGGGCCGAAGUCCAAAAGAUUAAGUUUCCUAGACCCUUAAUAAUACUCAAACUCCCAGGAGUGCCUGACACAAAUAUCCCUUUGCAAUUAAUCGUGGACGAAGUUCUAAGGUGGAUGCACAAGUGCAAGUUUUUUACUUGAAGGCUUCUACUUGAAAGUAUAAGUAAUAACCUAAUUUCGAGUGCAAUUUGGUGUUAAUAAGCACGAGUAAUUAUUCAAAGAAAACCAAAAUUCGUUGUCUUUGAAACAUUUAAAAGUGCUUAUUCACACCAAAUUGCAAGGGAAAUCAUGUUAUUUCUUGGUAAUAAUGUACAGGAAAAAACAUCGCAGAAAGUCAAAACAGACGAAAUUUUGAAAACGUGCGCGUGCUAUUUGUGUUUUGCACUAGUUUAAGAACUUUGCACUCGUGUUGCACGAGAAUGCACUCGUUUUCAGCCAAUAAGAAGCGCAUAGUUUUUAUUUAUGUAAAACACUGUUUGGAAGUGAUAACACUCUUAGGUGCCUUUCAAUUUUUUAGGGCUUUUUUACUGGACCUGAGCAAAGUUCUGCGGUUGCCAGUGCUCUGUCGAAACAAAACUACUGUGCUCAAUGCAUUCUCUCAAAAACAACCCUUCUGUUUUCAUAACUGUUUCGCAUUUUAUUGUUCCUUUAUAAGUAUAUAUAUAUUUCUCUUUUUGUUAGGGAUUUGAGAUUCAACAAUAUAUCAGUAAUCAGUAAUGGGGACCUGGCACAGCUGCGAUACCUCACCACACUGUGAGUAAUUUUAUCGUUCAGUAUUUUGAUCAUUUUAAUUUGACUUGUUUUUGUUGUUGUUACAUUUACAGUGCAGUUUGUAACGUACUUAUAACGUCUGUUUUUAACUUCCGACAGAUUCCUUAGCGGUAAUAACAUUCAAAUUAUUGAGCCAGAGGCCUUUACAGAAUUAGUAUCACUCAAAUAUUUGUAAGUAGCCAACGUUUUUGAUAUCAUCAUCCAGUAAGCGUGAAAUGAUUCACGCAUUACUAUCUAACUGCAAAUAUAUCCACAACUGUAUUUAAUGGUUUUUUGCAGAUAUUUGUUCAAUAAUAAGCUUAAACGGAUACACGAGAAUGCAUUCAGUGGCCUUCGUUCUCUCGAGCAGUUGUAAGUAAAGGGAAAAACAAACCCAGAACUCUUCUUGUUUAUAGCAUUCAGGUCUUUAGGGUUUACAAAUAAACUUUCCGUGACUGAAGAUAUCGAAAUGCUGUUUCCUUAGGAGGGCUGGUAUUUAUUUAGAUUUUUUUUUUUUACAUGCAGGGGUUUUAAAUAGGGAUGAAUGCAUUAUCUUACAGGUGCAGGGUACCGAGCGCAUUUUGUGAAACAUUUGAUUAAGUCAGUGUACAUGCUUUUUAAAGAUAAUUUCAAACUGCCUCAGUAAAAUUGCAUCAGUCACAUCCCCCCUCCCCCACUCCCUGAAAUAAGGGGCCAUUUUAAAUAGGCCUUCUUAGAUAUUGAAAAUUGCCAAGAAAAGCUUUUAAAAUUACUGAGUAUGACUUCAAAACUACAAGUCCACGUUCAUUAAAAGCAACGUUGAAUGAAAUGCUUGCUUGAAAGAUACGUCUUCACUCUCUUUGAAAACGCCUCGUCGUUUCCUUAGUGUUUUAUCCAAUUUAAUGAAAUAAAAAUGUUUACCUUUUGCAGAUAUCUACACUUGAACGAAAUAGAAGACAUUCCCGCAUUCACAUUCAAUGACCUUACAGCUCUUGAACGAUUGUAAGUUCAAGCUUCGAAAAUCAAACGUUCAAAGUUUGUUUUCUUUUUGUUUAGUUCUUCUGGGUUGAUCUCAAUAAUGCUUAGACGGCUGAUAUAAAAUAACUCAUGUUGCUUUUCAGGUAUCUUCAUCACAACCGCCUAAGAUCUGUUCCAAGGGGAUUGUUUAAAAAUCUGGAGUCAUUAAGAAGACUGUAAGUUUGGAUGUCUCGGUCACUUUCUGCUAAAAAUUAUACGGUACUCUUCUCGUGAUCAUAAAACUUAGACAUACCCAAGAAUCAGGAAGUUCCCAUGGAUUUACAUUGCUAUCUGUAAGCCUUUGUUAGUUAACAGUGUUAAGUGUUACAGGUCAUUUCCUGCUUGAAGCAGAGAGGCUGAAGUGAAGAACAGUUAGGCCUGAUCUCAUAAACAACUCACCGUGUUUCUCCUGUUUACUCAAAUUAAGAUCUCGGGCGACAAAAUGCUGGGUUUCGGCCAACAUGACUAAAAACCCUUGGUCGAUAUAACUCUAGUUUAUAACUUCGGUCGUAGUGCCUUUCGGACAACUUGACCGGUCACCACUAUGUUCAUAAAACUUAGAGUUACCCAUUAAGGUUCUUAUGGAUUUACGUUAUGAUCUUUGGAGUUGGUUCAACGACAUCCAAAUCGAUCUUGGGCAAUUUUUUUCGGAAUUAAGAAUUAGAAUUCCAAACUAAAAAUCCUCUGUAACCCGAACAGGCGCAAGACUUAUCGAAAAAGAAAUGAAAUUGAAAGCGCGAAAUUCUUAAGCUAAGGUAUGGUUGUUGUUAACCGCAGCCGACUCGAUUCUAACCCACUGAACUGUACCUGUGAUGUCCUGUGGCUUUCUCAGCUGCUGAAGAAGACACCAAAUACGGAGACAGCGGCUACUUGUGGUGAACCACCCCACCUAAGAGGGACAGCUUUAGUGCGUCUUACUCCAGAAGACGUCAACUGCAGUGAGUUAGUUUGGUGUACUUCCCCCUACGAUUUUGCAAGGGUUUUAAAUUAUUUUUUCCUCUAAUGAAUUACCCACAAGCCUAACUGGGCUCACUGAAGGCAAUUGUCUAUUUUGAGUCCCCAUCUUAUAAUCAAUAAUUUUUUCUGGAGGAGUGGAAGAAAUUGUUGAGUUUCUCAGGAAAAAAAAACAACGAGUUUCUGAGUAUAACGCCAAGCUUACUUUCAAACAGUUUUCUCGCUACGUUUUCACCACUCCUCACUACGCUGGCUUUUUCGCAGAAUCAACGAUCGUUUCGCAAUUCUUGGAUAUGAGAGUUUCAUAGAAACUUCAGGCUUCAUUCGAUAAUACGGAAGUUUUUUGAUAUCAACAAGAGUUAUGUCUUUGAACGUUUUAUUAAUUAUACUUCCUUAAAAAAAGGUAUUCGUCCAUGCAGUGGACAGUGGUAUCAGCUAUUAAUGUUGAUCUGUUGUUUCCAUUCCCAGUACCCCCAUCGUUUGUAAAAACGCCAGCCAACAUAGAAGUCUCAGUGCGAGAUCGUCAGGUGCUGUUCAGAUGCCUUGCCACAGGCAACCCAACACCGACUAUAUCAUGGCGGAAAAACGGCAAACCCCUAAAGCCGGACACACGUCAUGUCAUGAGCGAGAGCGGCGCGCUAAGUAUUAUUGAUCCUAAGUUUGACGAUGAAGGAAAUUAUGAGUGCGUGGCAGAAAAUUCUGCUGGGGAGAUCGUCAGUAAGGCAGCACUAAAUUAUCAUGGAAUUGAAGGUACAAAAUGAUACUCUGUGUCAGUAUAUUAAUAUGUAGGAGGUCGCAUAUGAUUUAUAAGGGUUGGUGUGAAUACCAUUUCACCCUCUUUCCGACUAAAAUUGACUUUCUGCUAAUUCACCAUAGCAGAACAUUCCCUUUUUGGUUUCCUUGUGAAAGACACCCCUUUAUUUUUCAUGGGGUAUUCCUUUCGAAAACCUUCCCUAAGCCAUUGAUAAGUGGAUUUUCUCCAUAUUAAAUCUAAAAGCUUUGUAUAAUUAUUCUGCAGCUGCUAUCUGAGCUGACAACUUGUCGUGUUAAAUCCUAGCUCCACCGUUCCUCGUCCAGUACCCUCGUUCCAAGGUAGAAUCUAUUGAAGGCAACCCAGUGACUUUCACUUGCCGCGCCCGCGGUAACCCUAAGCCUGUUAUCGAAUGGACUAAAGAAGGAACACCGCUGGCCUUUAUUCAUCAUUAUAAAGUCUUGCCAUCUGGGGAUUUGUACAUUCCGGAAGUGCGCGUCGUUGAUCAUGGGAUGUACAGAUGUCGCGCAUCCAACAGGGCUGGAGCCGUGGCAGCGACGACCAGAUUGACUGUGACGGGUAAUAAGAGACAUCUUAGAAAAAAAACCUCUUUCUAUCGGUUUUGCAACUUUAAAAACCAGCACAGGAUCUUGGAAUAGAAUGAGAACGAUUUAUAAAUUAGGUGCCGAAGGCGAUUGCUUGCUUUCGAAAUAGCGAAAAAACAAAACGCAGUUGUGCCCACCUUUUGUGUUCCGUUCGUUUUUGCUGCUGGCUGUUAAGUGAUCAGCUGAAGCAGCGUGUACGAUACUUGAGAAAACAGAUCCCGAAAAUAUUUUUACAACGCGUUUUUUCUUCUUUUUUUUUUCUUUAAUUUUUACCAUUCAUUUAGCUCAACCAAAAUUUACUACAAGACCCGAAAAUACUGAAGUAUUAGAGGGAAGUACGACGGAAUUAAAUUGCCGAGUCAGCGGUUACCCACUACCAGCUAUCGCCUGGACCAAAGAUGGCGACCGACUUCCGUCACCAGACCGUCAUAUUGUCCUACCAUCCGGGACUUUACGAAUAUUGUUUGCGUCACGUAAUGACCAGGGACAGUAUGAAUGCCAAGCGAUCAACAUUAUCGGAGUGAGACUGGCGAGAGCAUUUCUGACAGUGAAACCUCGAGGUUAGACGAAUGACUUCAGUUACGAUUAGUUAGCGGGAGGCAGUGCAGCGGGGAUAUCCUUUAUAUAUCCAAGGGAAAUCCCAGGGAAUUAACGCUAGAAACUACUGAAUUCCUCGUAGCCAUUGUUUUUUUGAAGUUGGAGACCAGGCAGAAGUUGUUUAAGUUCAAGGGCACGCCAACAGCAAACGUUCAGAGCCUGAGACUUGUUCGUCACUAAUAGAUGUGAUGUUAACCCUUUCACUCCCAUAAGUGACCAAGACAGAAUUUCUCCUUACAAUAUCAAUACAAUAUCAAGCAGGCAGGUGAUGAGAAUAGAGAAGAAUAUAUGAAUUAUGGGAUUAUUAGUUGAUCCAAUACCAAAUUCUCUGAACUAACAUCAUAAGAAUAGUAUGGCAGAUAGUAAGGAGAAUUACUAGUUAGAUCUUGGGAGUGAAAGGGUUAAUAGUAACUCUUUUCUUCUCUUUUUAUUUUGUUUUUACAUCACUUUCUUUUUAGUUCCUCCCUCCAUUGUGGAAUCCCCCACAGACAUCAUUGUGACCGCUGGUCGCACAGUUGAAAUUCGCUGUUCAGCUUAUGGCGCCCCUAAGCCAAUAAUAACAUGGAUCAAAAACAAUGUACACAUCACAGAAGCGAACAGGUACUCUGUGAGCAAAUCCGGGACCUUAAGCAUCCGGGAUGUUGGAAAGACUGAUGAAGGGCGUUACGAAUGCGCAGCACGCAACAGCAUUGGCGCCGCGUCUGCGCAGAUGACACUAACAGUACAGAGUAAGAUUUAUCUUGACUUUCACCUCCAUUUACUCGUGCAUUUAUUAUUUCCAGGAAUUUUGCAGUGACAAAAUUCUAUUUUCUCUGUACAAUCAUCAUGACAGGAUAUUAUCUGGCUAGAAUAGCGUCGGUCAGUUUUGCCAUUUUUAUUUUCUAUUUAGAAUUUUUCCUCCCGGAAAGCAUCAAGCACAAUGGCCGUCUAUUUUUGUCAAAGUACAAUGAAAGUGAAACAAAAAUAAAACAAUUUGCUGCGUUUUAAAAGGAGCGAUUCCCCAGGAAGAGAUGGUACGACUCCUUCAUGAAUUGUUCAAUUUACCCUAAACGAAACGUUAAUACUUCCUGAAAGUUUUUUGCUAUUGCUGAAGACACAGAUCUCAUUUAAACUGAGGGAAAGGGGGGUGAGGGGGGAAGGCGUUACUGUGUAUGUUUACAAGAUAGUAAAGAUUUACCUCGCUAGGAUGCCUCCAGCCAUCAAAAAAUCCGCCGCUUCCUCGAUAUGCAUGCCUUAUUCCCGUGAAUUUCACACAUGGUUAAGGAAGCACGUUGUAGAACAUGGUAGUCUUAAAUUAUGUUAGUGUUAGAAAUAGCAUUAAAACGAACGAGGAAUCUUGCCUUUCAGUUCCCUCGGAUGAAAACCGUAUCGGCAUUGAUGUUAUCAACCGAACAAUUGGUAUAGCCAGGGAAAACGUUAACAGAGCAAUAAACGCCAGCAUAAAAAUGCUGUUUUCUUCUUCACAACCAAGGAAACCCAGCGAUCUUCUCGCUUUAUUUCGCUUUCCCUCGCCUGCGGCACAACAGAUCGCAAAAUCUGCCGAAAUCUUCGAACGCACGAUCCAGCUUGUCCACGAGCACGUCAAAGAAAUGGAUAGGGUAAACAUUAGCAACGAGAAGUACAAUUUCUUUCAUCUGUUGUCUCCGCAGCACGUCAGUGUUAUUGCCAACUUGUCUGGAUGUAGCGCUCAUCGCAGAAUCAAUAACUGCUCCGACAUGUGCUUCCACCUCAAGUAUCGCACGAUCGAUGGUACAUGCAACAAUCUACAGCAUUCCAUGUGGGGAGCCUCACUGACACCUUUCAAACGUCUGCUAAGUCCCGUUUACGAAAAUGGUUACAACACGCCGGUGGGUUGGCAGGACACGGAGGGGCGCCCGAGCGCGCGUCUUGUAUCUACAGAACUGGUGUCAUCUAAAGAAGUCAGCGAAGAUGAAAAGUUCACUCACAUGUUGAUGCAGUGGGGACAAUUCCUCGAUCACGAUAUCGAUUUUAUUGUCAGUAGCUUAAGCACGCUCAGGUUCAGCGAUGGUCUCGACUGCACAAAAAAUUACGGGUUUUGUGAUAAUCAGCCACCAUGUUUUCCUAUCGCAAUCCCGGACAACGACAAACGCAUCAAUAAUAAUGGGCAUAAAUGUCUGCCUUUUACUCGUUCGAGUGCAGUUUGUGGCACGGGGAUGACGUCCGUGUUUUUCAGUGCUGUCACUCCCCGGGAACAGAUGAACCAAAUCACCUCGUACAUCGACGCAUCAAAUGUUUAUGGCUCAUCAAAAGAGGAGGUGAUGAACUUACGAGAUUUAGAGAGCAGAGGACUUCUUAAAUCAAACUCAAGCAUCGGCAGUGGAAAACCCUUGCUGCCCUUUAACCGCGACACUCCUAUUGAAUGUCUUCAAUCCGAAGACAGUCCUGUCCCAUGUUUCCUUGCGGGAGAUUUCCGCGCCAACGAACAGCUCGGUCUACUGUCGAUGCACACAAUAUGGGUGCGCGAACACAACCGCAUUGCGCAGGAGCUAGGAGACUUGAAUCCCCACUGGGAUGGGGAUAAAGUGUACCACGAGGCACGCAAAAUAGUGGGGGCCGAGAUGCAACAUAUUUCCUACACCGAAUGGCUCCCUAAGAUUCUUGGCCCUCAAGGAAUGGCUCUCAUGGGGACCUACAAUGGAUACGAACCAAAUAUUGAUGCAGGGAUCGUUAACGCUUUUGCAACAGCAGCCUUUAGGUUUGGUCACGGACUAAUCAAUCCGAUACUCUUCCGUCUCAACUCUUCUUUUCAACCAAUCGAGCAAGGAAAUAUUCCUCUACACAAAGCGUUCUUCUCACCCUAUCGGCUGGUCAACGAGGGUGGAGUGGACCCAAUUUUGCGCGGGCUCUUUGGAAGGGCCGCCAAGAGUCGAGAUGACAAGCAUCAGCUUAUAAAUUCGGAGCUCACAGAGAGGCUCUUUGAAAUGGCUCAUGAGGUAGCCCUCGAUCUUGGUGCCCUUAACAUACAGAGAGGACGGGAUCAUGCGUUACCAGGUAUGCGAGGUGAUAUUAUUUGUAGACCUGCCUCACCUUACCAUCUUAAAUUGAAAUGUUGAUUAUUGUGAUGUGCAGUAUGCAGGGUAUGUGUUAGAUAAAGCUGGUAUGUUGUCUCUUUAGCUUAGUGGUAAAUAAUGCAACCAAGGUUGCUUGAUAACUCGGUUUAUGAAUGCGCUGCUCCAGUUUCACAGGACGUUUAUUGGUUCGUCUCAAUAUUUCGUCAACCUUCACUUUCACAAACUCUUAAGACGUGUAAAUAACUUCGAUGAAAUUUGUCACAUAAAAAGGCAACAAAUGAACUGCUUAGUAAAGAUUAUUUCCCUGUGUAUAAAUUGAUUACGUGUUUCUUGCAGGAUACAAUAGUUGGCGCGGUCUUUGCAAUCUUUCCGUGGUAGAAACCUUUGAUGAUCUUAAAAACGAGAUUGUGGAUGGCGAUAUUCGCGCCAAGUUGAAAGAACUGUAUCAACACCCAUCAAACAUCGACUUGUGGGUGGGAGGACUCCUGGAGGAAUUGGCACCUGGUGCCCUCGUUGGACCAACAUUUACUUGUAUCAUUGCUGAACAGUUUAGACGAACGAGAGCUGGAGAUAGGUAAGAACAGAUUAGAAUUACUUUCCGUUCUUCCUGUUGACGCGAAUGUUCCAGGACAAAAUGUCCGAUGGCCGAAUGAUUAUGGGUUGUUUUUGAGGUGCUCUGCGUAGACUCCUUUCCCGAAUAGUUGCUUGUUACGAGGUUUAUCCAAGAUAGCGAUAAACUGACUGAAUGAUUCGAACUGUAAAGAUUCGUUGAGUAGCUGCUUGAGGAAUCCAAGUUUGCGUGUCUGAUAUUGAAGUUUAGAAUUGUCCAGCUGAUUGUUAGACUGAUGGAAUACUUUGGAUUGUUUUUUUUAGAUUGCUUGACAGCUAGCAGCGUAGUCUUAAUGGAAGAGAACCUUUAAAUAAGAUCUCUAGGACACAGCAAAAAUUCUUCAAUGGUUUGACCCUUUCACUUCGAGGAGUGACCAAAAAGAACUUUUUGCCUAGGAUUGAAAAUUUAAAAAAUAUCAACGCAUGGGUUUUGUAUGAUUAAACUCCAAUUUCUCCAAUCUUGAAUUAUAAGAAGUAUUUGGGAUUGAUACCAAAGAUCUUGGUAGUAAACGUUGAAUUCUUUUAAAAUCAAUUUGAAAGCGAAUGGCCGGGAGAAAGCCAUACUUAAACUUAAUUUCUCUCUCGGUUUCUAUCAAGCCAACAGGAAUCUCACACCAUGGAAUCUAACUAUAAUUCAUGCAGCAGAGACCUUUUGACUCCUUUUCUGUUUUUAUUUCAUGAGAAAAAUCCCUUUAUCCGCAUACAUUAGAAGGCGCUCUGUCACAUUUUACCUGGAUCUUUUGAGCUUGUCAUUUGGAAUCCGUGUCAACCCUCGUCAUUCGUAGCCAUCCUGCUCCUUCUUUCUAAAAUAUCAUCCCUUUGAAGUUUGUUAUUUCAAUUUUUCAUGUCUCUCAAAGACUUGUUUAGGACGCAGGAUAUUGCUACGUGGCCCCCUUUCACCGAUAUUGCGUAAUCUAGAAAAAGACUCUGAACUCCCCUCAGAAAACUAAGAAGUGCUAACGUCUUCGUUCCUCCUUUAGAUUCUGGUAUGAAAGCCCAUCCACUUUUGAUCAUUCUCAGUUGAUUCAAAUUAAACAAACGUCGUUGGCCAGCGUGUUGUGUGACAACGGGGAUGCGAUUGACCGGGUUCAGCGGGACGUAUUUCUCCGCGCCACCUAUCCCGAGGGAUAUGUGUCGUGUUCUUCCAUUCCCCGCAUGGAUCUCCGCAUGUGGAAAUAUUGCGAGCAGGGUUUGUAUCAAGUCACUUAAGUAAUGUUACUUCAUAUACGAGUCGUUGUUUUUUAAUCCUGUUGUUUUUUCUUGAGGAACUUAACGUGAUCUGAUAUAAAACUUCUCUGCAAUUGUUCCCAUGCCACCACAAAUCAUCCCCUUGAUGUUGUAAAGAGUUCUGUAUUUUUAGCUUAUUCAUUUUCAAGAUCUACUACCACAAAUUACACAAUUCACAGCACUAACAUUAUUAUCUAACAUACAAUCAUGCCAGGGGCACUGGCUAACCUACAUUACUUGCUUUCACGAAACUGUACUGUUCCUUAAAACAGUACUUUGUCAAAUGCAGUACUUUGUCAAAUACAGAAAUAAUGAAAGUACCGUGUGGUAUUAGAACAGGGUUGUGUCUGGCAAUAUCGCCAGCUUAGCCUUGUCAACUUGAUUCGAAGUCCUGCUAAUUACGUAUUCCUGUCAUCAGGUCACUGCUCCACCCCAGACAACACCCCUACGUUCAGCAAUCAUAUUCAGGGACGUCUGUUUAAGCGAUCAGUGGAGGAAUAUUUCUCAGAAACAGAAGAGCAAGAACACGCGGAAGAGGAAGAAAAUAAUGAUCCGAACUUGGAAGAAGGAGAGAAGCUUGUUACAUCGCCAACCGAGGACGAAAAAGAAGGAGUAAUUGAGUUUACUUCGGAAGAAAACAUUUUGAGUUUGAACAAAAGAGUUCAACUUCUUGAAAAUACAGUAGCAAAAAUGGCAAACACUUUGGCCACAUUAGAAGACGCAUUUAAAAGUCUACAAAAACAGGCGAGUGCCUAUCCUGAGAAGUCGCGUUAAAGCUGGUUCCAAGCGCCAUAUUUGCAAAUGUAUUAUACGUAUUAUACGUAUUAUACACUUGUAAAAUGCGUGAAAGACGCGUGCGCUCAAUCAUAAAUUGAACCAAGAUUUCGUCUCUUGCUUGACCUCUAAACGCGUGGAAAUGCUGUGGCUAUUGUCUUUGAUUUAGUUUUAAACUUAAUGAUUCAUUAAAAUUAUGUAACUUUUUAAUCUAAUUGGUCUAAGAUAUCGGAAGCAUUGAUUGAGAUGUUUUAUCCUGUUGUCACGAGCGUGGAACAAAGAAAAAAUUUGGAUUCCCAUGAGGAAUCGAACCUCAGACCUUUGGGUGAAGCAUGAAUAUUGAAUAGUGUUUUCCUGUUUUAUACUUAAUAUACUGCUCAUUUUACUUGUAAUAGAUUUUGUAUGAAGGUAGCUUAUGUAACCAACUCACCAGCUAUGAAUUUAAGAGGAGUUUAAUUUUUUUGACGACUCGAUCGAGCCCUUCUACUUACACGUCAUUGCCAGUAUAUAUAGUAUUACGAACAUAACACGUUAAGAACGGAACAACUAAUUACAAGAUUGGAAAUGACAUAGAACAAACGAAUAACAGGAAACACGAAUAACAAAGGAAAAAAACCAAUAACAUAAAUGCGACACUCGACGACGGGGCAAUUUACGUGACGAUUUUGGAAUACGGCUGGCAUAAGAACGUUCUCGGGAUUGCAUUUUAACUCGAGCUCUUACCUUUAAUUUGCAUGAUCCGCGCGAAAGUCGAACUUAAAUGAAUGGCCGCGCAGACUGGGGUUAGGCAGGUGAAUGCUUUCUACAGCUUAAAAAUUUAACUGAUAUGCUAAUUCUUUAAACAGGUUGGAGAAACAAAAGAAAAAGCAAAAACGAAAGAAACAAGAAGUUGUGGAGUUGUUCAAGGCAGUGCUCGUCAAGAGGGGGAAACGUGGCAAAAAGAUGUUUGUACCCAUUGUUCAUGCAAAGUAAGUGACUUUGUUUUCAUAAUCUUCAAAUCAAGUGUAAUCACUUCUUUGUCUAAUGCAGAAGACCUUUCUCCCCUUCUGUUCUGCUGGUAUUGCUGUACAUUUUGAAAAUGUUUGCCUGAUCGAUGACUCCUAUGUCGUGAUUUGCGGUCCGUCUAAAACCUUUCUACCAUUGGCCAUUUGUGGUUCAUUCAUAUUAGGUACUACUCUACCUUAAUAAAUGUUAUUUAGAAUGACAUGUAGAUGAUAUUGCAUGGCCUCGCGUGGAUCGAUGCGAAUGAAAUCUUCGAGUGAAGUGUUGUUAAAAAUAUAUCCAUGAUGGUAACCAGGAGGGAUUAGAUUCGGGAACAGGGGAUCUCCUUGUAAAAAUUUUUAAUGUACCGCCACCUCCCUGCAGCUCCCACCUCCGCCAACUCCUCCCCCCUUUCGACCCUUUCUACCCUCCCCCCUUCCGCCUUCCUCUACCACCCCAUUCCGCCCCCCUCCCUUUUGUUCAUUAAAUGCCGGGAGUAACUGCUGUCCCCACAGUGCCACUAUGCUAAGGAAUACUGUCUGCAGUGAUUAAAUGGGGAUAACAAAAGAACCCUUUUUUUGUAGGAUGGAGAAGUUCAGUGUAAUGAAAUAAUAUGCAAAGAGGUUUCAUGUAAGGAAUAUUACCGGGAUGAUAAUGAAUGCUGCCCGCGUUGUUUAGGUAAGUUGGAAAAAAGAGGUUGAGUUUUCUUCUUUUACCCCUUACACCAUAACAUCAGUAUGCAUAUUCUCCAUACUGCUCUUUAUCCAUUUUCUAAGGUGCUGAAAAGGAGAAUUUGUUUUUCAGUCAUAAGCUUCUUUCCUUGGUGAUCAUUUCUAUUAUUCUCAUAACCUUAGCGCGUGAUUCAGGGGUGAUAUUGAAGAGACAAAUUUCAAUUGAUGCUAGUCACUCUAGGCGUUUUAAGGGUUAAAGAAAGGUCUGGUACGUAAGCGGUUCUUGUCUCUCAAAUCAGCUGUUAAUUCUUAGACGGGCUCAGGCUAAAUACAACCUUAUCGGCUCUUGACCCUUUAACUCCCAUGAGUGAACAAGACAGAAUUUCUCCUUACAAUAUCGAUACAGUAUCAACCAGAUUAGUCACGAAGAUGAAGAAAAAUAUUAAUUUGGGGAUAAUUAGUUGAUCUAAUGCUAAAUUCUCUAAACUAACAGUAUAUGAAUUGUAUAGUUGACAGUAAGGAGAAUUACAAAUUUGAUCUGAGAGUUAAAGGGUUAAAAGUCUGGCCACUUUUAUUCUAAAGAACCUUUUUUCACACUGCUUUCACGCUGCGUUAGAGGAAUUUAAUAUUUAAGAGUUUUUUUCUGAGACUGAAAAAAUGAACAAGUGACUGUGUGUUUAAAAUAAUUUGCGUCAGGACGAACUGUAGGCAAAAACGCAGAUAGAGUGUGAUCUAUUUAUACAAUCUUAUUCCGAAAUUACAGCAUUAAAUAAUUCUUUAUUUGCACAGAGUAAAAUGGUGGCUUUGCUUGUCAAGUACCACGGUGCAUCAGCUGUCACUUAUGCGGUUACCAUGGAAACUACCUGGUCUCUUAUAGCAGUCAAGGAAAGAUUCUAAGUGAGACUGAUUUAACUUAAAGCGACCACGGAGACCUCAGGCGUGUAUUUUAACAUGAGAUUCAUUUCUUGCUUGCAAUAUGCUGCAGUGCCUCGGGCAGAGAUUUUUCAUCUGUAAGGGAUGCUAUAUCUUAGGAGCUUUUAUGGGAUAGAUAACAUAAAUUGCGAUGCUGUUCAGUGAAAAUUAUGAUGAUUUUUUUUAGAUCAUGCAUUUUAAAAGUCAAUUGCAUUUUGUAAAUUUUUUCCAUAAGUUCUUUGUGUGGUGAAUAGUUAAGAAAUGAUAAUCAUGUUUCCAAAUUCUUUUUUUCUGUUUUCUCAUUUCUUUCUUGAAUCAAUGAGAUUUCAGUCGAGAUUUAAUGCUUUUUCUCCCUUCGCUACAUGUGCAGCCCAGGGUAACAGUGCUUAUUGCGCGCACUGAUUGCCCAGCUGGGAAGUGAUUGUCAAGUACUAUCCAUCUCCGAAAAGACAAAACCGCGCGUCAAGAGUUAAAUUUGCGAUCAUGCUUCCUUAUAUUGACCGAUAGAAAUUACUUCUUUAGUUAUCUUGUGGUAUUUAUCAAAACAAUUAUUUCUCUCCGUUCGGUUAAAUGGUGGAUAUUCACCUCUCUGCUUUGCAGUUUAGUAAAUUUCCUGCACGUUUCACAUUUGCUUCGUUGAAUAACUGUUGACUGUAUUCUUAUGGACUCUUAUGGACUUACAUCAAAGUCAUCUGCGUCCGAGACGCAUUGAAGAGGAAGAUUAUAAACACAGUCUUUCAAGUAUACGACCAGGCAGUGAUUAGCACGGCGGGAGGACCGCUCUGUGAACACAGCCUUGCCGGCAUAAAAGCAGACUCUCAUUAGCGCUGCAGGAAAAGCGGUAACCUCGAGUAGAGCGGGAGAGGUGCGCGUCUCGAGCCGUUCCUCGACAAUUGUGCCGCAGCACCUAUCGAAAGUCUGCCCGCAGGUUGUUGUUAAAAACUGGAUACCAAUAAUUUCAAGUUCCACCAGAGUUAACUUAUCCUGCAACACAGUUGUCAUUUCUCGUUUUUUUCAGGCCAGCGGAAGUUAGCGCGAGCGGGCUCCACAGGCGCGACGAGCAAAGUAGCACCUCCCCUCACGCGUAACUCGCUUACCACUCACGCUCGCCUCGCACUUGUACCCGCUCGCGUGGCGCUGGUCUCCACUGAUCCGCAGGCUACACUAAGGGAUCAUCUAUUCUGUCAUAUUCGUCUUGCAUUGCUCUUUCACCCGAGAUACGUUACACAUUUCUAGCUCGUCUUACCUCUUCUAUAUUUCUAGUGAAAGGAAAGCUUUCUAUGUGAUUUUCCAAACUGAGGGGAAACUUAGAAAACAGAUAGGUAUGUUAUUUACCUGUUGACAGGUCUAUACAGGGAAAAACCUUCUACUUGAUACCAUGUCAAACACUUCGGGCACAGUUUUCUCCCAAUACGGAUCUCAUGUCCACGCAGGGUUUACUACAUCUCAUGCCGAGUGUUUCAAACGUUUCACGCAGUGUUUGGUUGGAAAAUUAUUAACGUUUGUUUUCAACUGCUCCAAAACCUCUACUUCAUGUUACGGGUUGUUUUUGUUCGCGUAAGCAUCGGAGACAGACAUCGGGGUCGACCGCUUUUUUCGCUCUUGACCCUUUCACUCCCAGAAGUGAUUAACAUGUUUCUUCUUUCUAUACUCUUCAUACUUUAUCCAUCAAAUCGGUCAUGAGAAUACUCAAACUUAUCAGGUAGAAAUUGUUAUCUUAAGCUAACACCCAAUUCUCGUAAUCAAUUUACAAGGAAAGGUAUAGCAACUAGAGGGGAGAAUUAGGAAUCAGAUCUUGGGAGUUAAAGGGUUUAGAGAAAGACAACGAACCAUUGAUUAAAAAAGUCCUAUUUAAAAAGUUUGUCGAUCAAUAGUUCAUUUUCCCUUUAAUAGAACUUGGACUAAGUGCUCUGCUUCAGCUUGCGCCAGCUUUGCUAUUCUUGUAGAGCUGUAGUAUUGUAGAAAUUUGGAUAAUGUUUGAACAUCAGUAAAAUUUUUAAUCUCAUGACGAGGCGUGGUCUUUACUUUACACAGGGGGCUUUUGGUUUAGAAAUAAUCUUUAUUUUAACAAAGGAAUCAAACGAAG